UGUCCUUCUCCUGCUGUCCCUCACCAUUUUCCCCUCACCAUUUGCCCUUCUCCUGCUGCCCCUCACCAGCUGCUCCUCACCCGGUUCCCGCUCACCGGGUGCCCCCUCAGGGCUGUCCGCGCGGCCUCCCCUCAGCUCACCCCGGCUGUCCUCCCUCUCCCAACAGGGCAGGAUUUUUGAGAAGAUGGAGCUGUGCAGCAGCUUGGCCGUCAAGCGCUUCGUGUUCUCCGGCUGGAAGCCGGGCCCAGCGCCGGGGGUGCGGCAGGAGGACGCGCGGUUCGGGGGGGUGCCCGUGCGGCUGUACCGGCCCCGCGCGGUGCGCAGCGCCGUGCUGCUGUUCCACGGCGGCGGCUGGAUCUUCUGCAGCCUCGAUUCCCAUGAAAGGAUCUGCCAGUACAUUGCCAAGGAAAGCAGCUCGCUGGUGGUGUCCGUGGGGUACCGUUUAGCCCCUGAGCACAAAUACCCCGCAGCGUACGAAGACUGUCUGAACGCCACCCAGCACUUCCUGCAGCACCUGGAGCGCUACGGCGUGGAUCCUGCCCGCGUCACUGUCUGCGGGGACAGCGCUGGGGGCAACCUGGCAGCUGCUGUGAGCCAGACCCUGGCAGGCAGGUCAGACCUCCCCAGGCUCCGUGCUCAGAUCCUCAUCUACCCAGGCCUUCAGGCACUGGACUUCAAUUUGCCAUCCUACCAACAAAACCAGGGAGUCCCUCUGCUCUUCCGGGAACGUGCUGUUUUCUAUUCUUUGCAAUAUGUACAAGGGGACACAUCAAAUAUGCAAGAGGUCUUGGAGGGCUCUCAUAUUCCUCCAGACAUGAGGCUGAAGUAUGGGAAGUGGGUGAGUCCAGACAACAUCCCUGAGGAAUUUAAGGUCAGGGGCUAUGAGCCACACAAGCCCUGUGAAUUCAAGCCUGGAGUUUUUGAGAAAGUGAAAAGAAUCCGUGAGACCACGCUGUGCCCGCUGUUCGCUGAAGAUGAAAUUAUUCAGCAGCUGCCAGAAUCCUUCAUCCUGACCUGCGAGUACGACGUGCUGAGGGACGAUGGCUUGUUGUACAAGAAGAGGCUGGAGGACAACGGGGUUCGAGUGACCUGGUACCACCUCGAGGAUGGAUUCCAUGGAGUCAUAAACCUAUUUGAAUAUUGUGGUUUGUCAUUUCCCUCUGGGAAAAGGGGAUUGGACAGGGUUGUUGCAUUUAUAAAAGGCCUGUAAAAAGAUCUCUCUCGGUAUGCUUCUCCCACUAAUAUCUCUGCUUAGGCUCUCACACCUCAGGUAUUUCUGGUCAGCAAGAAUAUGAUAUCUUUUGAUGUGUAAAAUACUAACUUGAAUAUCCAUGAACUUCAAAUUAACACAGAUCUUUCCCUUGUGAGACUCCUGAGAGUUUAGUCUUUAAAAUUUUUCUAUGUGCCUUCUUUUUUUCCGAAUUGGCAUUUGAUUGAUUUCUUUUCUUUAAUCACUAAAUUAUUUACUUCUAUACAAAUUAUCUAUGUGGAAUGAUUUGGAUUAAAUGUUCACUAUAGCCAGGUUAUUUGUGAUGUCCAUCUGUUAAGUUCUAAAACAUGACUUAAUUAGCUAAAAAGUAUAAGCUAGGUAGAUAGUGAGCUGGAGGGAAAACACUGGACAAACAGGCAGAGAUUAAGAUCUCAGUGAGGAGACUGAGCAAAUAUUCCAUGCAAAAGUAGCAGUGCAAGGCCUGAGUUGAUGGGGGAACACCUAACUGGAGGCAAGUAAGGGCUGCUCUGAUUUUGAAAUGACUGUAGCUGUACAAAAUCCUUUUUAAUUUUGGAAAGGCUCCAUUACACCCACCGAGGGCUGGAUAUAGUGUUGAGAAGAAAUGCUGACAUCAGGUUUUAGAAAGGCAGGAAGGAUCAGUGAAGUGGGCUUUUGGUAUGUGUGUGUACUGAAAAGUACAGCUUAAAGAGAGAAUAUGAAGCGAAAUGUUUUAAUAUUCUUCCAAAGGGUGUCCUGCAGUAUUAACUUUUGCAGAAUAUGUGCUGUGAUUCUGUACUAGAAUCUGUCAAUUUGUGCUUUCUCUGUGGCUUGAGUUUUAUUUACAGGAUGAGACAGUGUUUUCCCUGACAGGAUGCUUCAUUACACCCUGCUGAUGAAAGCAAGAACAGCAGUGAGCACACUGAGAACGGCCAGACUGAGGACAUGGAAAUCACAGAAUUGCUAGGGUUGGGACUGAUCUCUGGAGAUCAUCCAGUGCAAUCCCCC